AUGGAGGAUUCCGCCGAGCAUGCCUUCUCGCAGAUCAAACAGGGAGCUCAAGGGGCCGUUACUUUGAAGCAGGCUUUGCUUUCCACAAUGCGCAUGCAUCUGCGGCAGCGAGGGCAGGAUCCCAAACCACAGGACAGGGACGUCACAUGGACGGGAUUGACCGACGACGAGGCCACUGACAUCGCCAACUCGGCUCUGCGGGCAGUCUGCACACUCCGGGCAGUGGUUGGAGUAAACAUGGAUCCGGCCACAAUCGAGCAGAGGCUGCGAACCUGGUUCAAAGACGUGGGUCAGGCCUUGCUGUUCCAGGGUGGCCCCGAGGAACCUCCCGAGGAGGACGAGGGCGAGCUUGGUUCCGAGGAGGAGACCGAAGAGGCAAUGUGUGAGGCUGCUUCGGUUGAUCCUGCUAAAAACCUUGCCGCCACCUUGGAUGGACUCGCCAUGGAAGCAGAAGCCAAAGAAGAGAUCGCUGCCUUGGCCAAAACCGUUCCUGAGCCUGCUGCGGAUCCAACUUCAGACACAGUGGAGGCCGCCCCAGCCAUGAGCCCCAACAAGAAGCCACGACCGGCCGCGAAGACUUUGGCUUCGAUGCUAGAGCGUGCGAACUUCGCUUCGUUCUCUCCCCACGAGGCCGACUCUGACAGGCGGGCCGUGCAGCGGUGCCACGAGCUCGCCCCCGAGAUCGUCAAGCUAGUGACGGAAAUCAGGGAGAAAGAAGGCUUCCUCAGUCUUGCACAGAUUCGGGGUGGGACCCAGCGGAACAAGAAUCGCCACAACGACUUGAUGCAUGCACUGGCCAAGGCGCAGAGGGCAUAUGGUCUUGAGGGAGAGGGCGACAAACCUGUGGCAGAGCCUUUGAGUUCUUUCCGGCCCAGCGUGCACCGGGCCCCGGCUGCUGACGACUCUUGCAACCGCUCCUACCAGAUCGUGGCAUGCAGACUGCACCAGCUUGGCGAGGUGAAGCUUGCACUGAUCGAGCAGGUCUGGCGGGGAAGCAUCGGCAGAAAAUCCAAGGCUGGCAGCAAACCUUGCGAGGCCGAGGUGCAAGCUGCUGCUUGCAGAUGGGUCCACCUGGUCGAGCUCGAGAAGCUCAGCAGUGUGACCUACCAGGCCACGUCCUUGUCUCCCAGUUGGUGCAUGGACCCGUUCUCAUGCGAUGCUGCUAUCUUCUACGGCAUCCCUGUCGAAACAGUUGAUGAGAAUGAAUGGCGGAUCCUGCUGUACCUUGACAAAGAGAAGGUCAAAGCUGCACUGAAACUGCAAGGGGUUGCGAUGGCGAGCAGCGAGCCUGCUGAUGAUGGACAGACCGAGUCUGCGGAGCUCUUCACAAUCCACAGCUUCCCACCGACCAAAGCUGGCCGAGAGUGCAUGGUGCGAUACAUGGACAAAUGCCGGUCCAUGUUCGAGCGAUUGGUGGAUGCACCGAUGCUGGACGAGUCUGGUGUCCCCACUUUCUUCAAGAAUCUCUCAAUGGCCAAGAAGCCGACCUGGGAUGAACUGAAAGCCAGAACACCUGCGUACUUUGAGACGCUGCUCCGGGCUAAGAAAGUCGGACAGGCUAAGGCGCCAUCCAUGACCUCGGAUGAGUACUCGGCAUCUGUGUGGAGCAAGUUCAGCUACGUGGCUCCGGUGAAGGAGAAAUCGAAGUGGAUAGAGUUUCUGCGUGCGAUCGAGAGCGUUUCACCUGGGGUUCUACCGAAGUGA